GGGUUGUCUGCUCGUAGUUGUCCAAUUUUUUUUGUCAACAUACAAGACAACUGUUAGUUGACAAAAAUGAUGAACUGCAUUUUUGUUUAACUCCAUUAUAUUAACAAUUAAAAUGGACCUAAAAAAUAAGAUAAAGUCAAUUCUAAAAAAGCAGGAUACAUUUGUAUCCCCCACGGAGGAAGUGAUAAACCAUGAUUCAUUCACCGGGGGACCAGUAGUUACCAAAUAUAAGCAAGUUAAGCCAAGUAACCCCCACGAAGAGCAAGAGAUAUUGGAUGGUAUUGAUAAAGUUUACUACAACACCGAGGGCAUUGACACCAGUCAUUAUGAAUUACGGAAACUACCAGAAGUCCUGGAUUUAGGUGACAUUGAUUUAGAUAGAAAGAGACUCAGAAAACAACUGCAAGUGGUUUCCAAAAAAGUGUCUGACUUGGUUCUUCAAAACCACCCUGCGUACGCCCGGGAACUCCAGCGGGUGAUGGACCUCCAGAAGACUUUACAAUAUGCCACUGUUAUCUGUGCCAACGGCAGGAGACAGUUGUCUUCUGCCAGGGAUACCUUUACUGCAGCUAGUCUGAACAUGUUGGCCAACUAUAGGAAGCGACAGCAGCUGGUUAGCAUAAUGAAGUCACUGAGAACCAUCAAAACAUUGCAAAGAACAGAUGUGAGACUAAGAGAACUAAUGGAGGAGGAAGAUUAUUGUGGGGCCAUUCAACUUUGUUUAGAGUGCCAAAAAGCUGCCAGCACCUACAAACACUUUACCUGUAUCAGUGAGUUGAACUCCAAACUCCAGGAUACACUGGUGAUGAUAGAGGAACAGAUUGAUGUGGCAUUGUCCAAGACCUGCAGCAAUUUUGAUGAGACUCACUAUGAGAAAGUACAGACAGCUUACAGGCUGCUUGGGAAAACUCAGACGGCUAUGGACCAACUCCACAUGCAUUUUACCAGUGCCAUACACAACACAGCAUUCCAGAUAGUACUAGGAUACGUAGAGCUGUGUUCUGGUACAGGACGAGAAAAUUUCCACAAGAGACAGUACACAGAUCUAUGUAAGAGUGUUACACAAGAAAGUUUUACACCCUGUCUGAUUGACCUGAGCAAAGCAUUAUGGGAGGUCAUGAGGAGCUAUCACAAGACAAUACGGUGGCAUGAGGAGCAUGAGGAGGAGUCUGAGGAGACAGAAGAUGGUAAAGCUCAAGCAGACUUUACAAAACACUACAUCAAACAGAAGCUGGAACACGGGCUCAGUCGGAUCUGGCAAGAUGUGCAGUCGAAAGUCAAGAUCUAUGUGCUAGGAACAGAUUUAUCCGGAUUCAAACUGGAGGAAUUUAUCCGCGUGCUAGAUCUAGUCAACAGAAUGAUAGAGAUUGGAGAGGAAUUCUGUAAGAGCAAAUCAGAAGGUCUUCAGGAUUCCCUAAAACAACAGAGUCUGAACUACUUCAAAAACCACCACAGGUACCGCAUGGAGGAGCUGCGUAUGUUUCUGGAGAACGAGGGUUGGGAACUGUGUCCUGUCAAGCUAUCCUUCUCCUACGUACAGCUCUUGGGGAAAACACAGCUGAUAAACCAGGAAUUCCGAUUUAUGAAGUCAUGGAUGAAAUCCCCUAACUCAACACUGAACUUGAGCACCACCGAAGAUACCUCAGGUGGUAGCACUGUGAUGGAACCUUCUAAGCGGCGCUACUUUGUGCAGAGUGCCACAAAAAAUCCAUUCGAUGAAAAGCCUGAUGAAGAUGAAAAUGAAGAUUUCUUUGCGGGAUCAUUGGAUGACGAAGAUAACGGUAACCUUUCAGACAGUGAUUCCGAUGUACCCGACGAAUUGAAACAAGAUUAUAUCGACGAAGUGACGGGAGAAGGAAGGUCAAACAGUAGGCAAAUAAAGAGACGAAUUUCAAAGAGUAAAAAUGAGAAGUUUAUUCCCAUUGUCACAAAUACCACCUUGAAUGUAAUGAGGGUCAUAGGUAAAUACAUGCAGAUGAUGACAGUGCUGAAGCCCAUUGCAUUUGAUGUCAUACUGUGUAUGUCCCAGCUCUUUGACUACUAUUUCUACACUGUGUAUUCCUUUUUCGGUGCUGAUACGACGACUAAAAAUGAGCGCUCGAUCAACAACCGACUCAACAUAGCACUGCAGAGAAUCCAUAACAAUCUGAUCGCCGAAUCUCCCGUACCUGGGGCCCCACCCGUAGACCAGUCCGAAAACCUGGAGAAAAUGCCUCAAGCCUACUUGUCACCGAUUGUUGAUCUCCACAGAAGGGACCAGCUAUUUGGAUUAGCAGAGCGUGUUGUUGCCGUGGAAUCUCUGAUAUUCCUAGCCAAGCAGCUAGAACUGCUCCAGCCACAUUUAGAAGCCAUGAUUCCCACCAAUAAAAAAGCUUUCUUACAACAAUUCUUUUCUCAGACGGUAAAUAUGGCGGAAGAAGUGAGGAAACCUGUGUACUGGAGCGUGUCUGCUCAGGCGGUGAACUAUGACCAGGUUCAAGGUCAAAUGGCUUCUGUGCGAUGGGACAUCAAGGACAUCAUGUCCCAGCACAACCCUUAUGUGGACAGCAUACUCAGGAGUUUUGAGUCAGUGGCCCACCAGUUGGUGGAGAUCAACAGGAGAGUGCCCAUCCCCCGGGUCGUCUACCACACCCUGUGGGAGCACUGUGUCAGGCUGGCCAACAGGACGUUUGUGGAGGGGUUUUCAAAUGCCAAAAAGUGCAGCAACGAGGGCAGGGCAUUAAUGCAGCUUGACUAUCAGCAGUUUCUAAUGAAAUUAGACUCUAUCAUGGAUCUCAAGCCUAUUCCAGAGAAGGAAUUUGUAGAGGGUUAUAUAAAGGCCUAUUAUCUCCCAGAAAGUCAGCUAGAUUCCUGGCUUCAAGAUCACAAGGAAUAUUCAAACAAACAGUUACUGGCUUUGAUAAACUCGGUUGACCAUAUUAACAAGAAAUCAAGACAGAGGCUCAUAAAUAUUGUGGAGGAAAUGGACCGGAGCCGGCGAUAAUGAGGUGUCGAGGCCUAUCAAUCAUGAUGUGGAUAAUUAUGCAUGUGCGAGAGGUGCAUGACGUGUAAUUGUAUACAUUAAACACGUACUGGAUACAAGAAAUCUAACUUAACCAAAUUGUUACAGUAAAGAGAAGGAGUGAAAAAGGAGUAAAGUGAAUUGUUGAAAUUUCAUCUACAAAAUAGGUGAAUAAGAAAUGUAGAAGAUAAAUUAUGUAUAUACAUAAUGAUAUCUGUGUUAUAUGUACAUGGCCAAAGCAACAUUCCGAGAUCAGAUAUUCAAUAUAAUGCACAUUAAAUGUAUAUUUUUAUUAGAAUGGUAUCACGAAAUCAAGACUGUAAGGCAUUUUGAUUGCCUGUAGAUACUUGAAUUCAGAUGCUUGUUUAUGCAAGUGUUCAUUAAUCUGUGAUACUCAUUUGUUAUGUGUGUGACACGUGAAACAUAGUGCAAUAAGUGUUAUUUAAGUUGUAUAUGUACAAUUUUUACCAGUACGUAAACAUAAUAAAUCACAAAGUAUAGAACCAAAUGUUGUUGAGCAGUUUUUGUUCAUGUGCAAGUGAUACAUGUACCAUUUUACAUAGUACACCCAGUUCUGUUGCCAUUUGCAUACCUUUGCCAGUCAAAAACAUUUGGUUCAUCCCAUUCUUCAAAAACCUUAUUUAGGCUUGCAAUUAUGCUUAUUUGGAGAAAUACAUGUACGUAUAUAUAAACACACCUUGACUGAAGAAGAUAUCAUUUGCAACUGAUGAGACAUAUAAAUUUCUUGCAUGAAAUAAAUAGAGUUUUAAAUAAAUCACUUGCUGUUAGCAACAAAUCAGAAUAUAUAUUUUGGAUACAAUGUUUGAAGAGCAGAAAUUUUCAACUAAGUCUAGGUUUAUAAAUAACCGAAAAUAGUACAAUAAUUUAAAAAUAUAAAUCAAGGUCUGGGUAUGAAUAUUCAUGCCUUCUAAAUGGAUGUACAAUACAUACUUUUUUAUAGCAAAUUUUUUCUCCAACUGAAGACAAACAUGCAAAACAUAUACCAGUGUGUUUUCAUCAUGACGUCAAAGGAAAGUCGAUGUGAAAGAUAAAAGCAUGAAGCAUUUAUUCACUUUCAGAGGCUACACAACCAUAACAUACAUCAUUUUGACUCAUUUAGUAAAUGAAUAUUAUAUCAACAAGAUUCCGGAAAACAACUUUUGCCAUUUAUCAUAUCAUAUAGCAAGGUUGCUCAUCUCCCAAUGAAGACAACAGAAGGAUAUAGUAAAAUAAAUUUACAUUAAAUAAGGGGUUUUACUGUAACUGUGUAUUACUGUAUUAUAUAAAUAUUUUAACCAAUUUUCAAGAGAACUGACAUGUAAUUACAUGUAUCAAAUUCCUAAAAUAUAUAAAUUUCCCUGUAUACAGUAUAUAGAUAUUAUAAAUUUCUCGAAUGUUCUGAAAUGUGACCAUGCUGUUUUGUCUAUAAAUCUAUACACGUUUAAGCUUGCUUAAUUUGAUAAUCUUAGGAAAUUAACUAAUUCUUUACUUUCACAUCAUUUAAUUACAUUUUUAAUGCUGUCAUUACAUUAAAAUACUUCUAACAGAAAUAUUCAAACAGAUCAACUUUAUGUCAAAAUCAUAAAUACCUGUAGAUUAUUUCAAUUUAUUUGAUUACGAUCUAACAAGUUUAGUUAAUUUUUAUCUUAGCUUUUACAUGAAGUAGAUAUAACAGUCAAAUAUAAUAUUGCAGAUCAUUAUAGAAAAAAUGUCUUGGACAAAAAAAACAUUAUGUACCGGGUACAUUGAGCUAAAUUCUAAAAAUCCUCUAGAAAAUUCUUUUUUCCUUCACAACAAUACACAUACACUGUAUGGUUGAAUUGCAUGGUAUUUAUUCUCUUAAUCAAUAUUAUUCUCAUUUGAGAAGUGGACAGGCAUAGCCUACAUGGAUGAAGGCUAUGCCUGUCCACUUCUCAAAAGAGAAUAAAUCAAUAUAUAAAAAAGUAUUUAUGUAAAAAGAUUAUAAUUUUAACCCUAAAAAUAUUAAUUAACAAAAAAAAACCACUAAUAUUUUAACAGUUUGUACAAAUGUAAAAUAAGCAUUAUUUGCAUGGUGCAUUUUUACUUCAAUUAGUUAUCAUCAAUGAAAACUUCAUAACUAUAUGUUCUCAAUUUACAAGAUAUUCAAGUCACAGCAUUCUAUCCUGAAAAUCGUUGUACUUUUCACUUGCCAAAUCGUAAACUCUAAAACACUCUAUAAUAAUAACAAUACCUUCAUAGAAAAAUACCUAUUUCAAUGCAAUAAUAUACAUGUGUAGGGAACAAAAAAAAAACAAACAACAACAAAAUACAUGUAUAUAAACAACAACAUAAAGUAGACAUUUCCAGUACCAUACAGUCAAGUACAUUCCUUAUAAUCUCAGUUUUCUCCGACUUCUUUUUACAUUGACAACUGAACAACAAAAUGACAACUGUUCCAAAACUACAGACUCUAAUACUGCAUGGUUGCUUGUCUUAGAAUAAAUCUUGCUAGUUAGCUUGAUUUUGUCAUAGUUUAUGCAUGCAUGAUUUUGAAUCUGCAUGAGAAAAUCAACAAUUAAAAAAAAAAAAAAAAAGAAGGAAAAAAAAUAUUUGCAUGUAUUACACAAAUACUGUACAUUAUGAAACAGCAUAACAGCAUAAGAAUAUGCAUCUGUUAAUUUUAUAUCAACAACAAGAAAGUUUGCUUGAUUGUAAAAUACUUACAAAUUAGUUGAGAAAUAUACAGAAUAUCAAAUGAUGAUCACAUAUGGUAUCAACAUUUUUUAUAUUUUUUAAAUUUUAGUAAUUUUUAAUAAUGAUGAUUAUAAGUAUUUACAUGCGAGGUUAGAAAAGCAUUGCACUCAGAAAGAAAUUCAACCCAAGAUUAUCUAUUCUACCGGGAAAUGGAAAAUAAAAAGCAAGAUGCAAUUGCAAGAAUAAAAAUUAAAAUUGAUGGAUAACCUGGCAACAUAUUUACUUCCUGCAAAAAAAUAAUAAUUAACUGUGGACAAGAAAAUCUCCAGAUCUAAAUCCUUUUUCUUUUAGGUUUUCCUCAUACAAAAAACAGAAAUGCCAGUAUUUUACUAUAUAUAACAAAAUUAAUGUUCUUGGGGGGGGGGGGGGGGGGGUGAAAAAAAGGUUUAUUUGCCUGGAUUUUUCUGCAUUCUUUAUAUAAUGUUGUUAAAGGGGUGUUCUUAAAUAAAGAUAAAAGAUACUUUAACUUGCUUGUGAAAAAGUGCCAACUGGUAUAUCUCAAAAAUAUUUUGAGAAAAAUAACAACAAAGAUACAUGAGACAUUAGGACUUUAAAUAAAAACAAGAAAAAAAAUAAUAACUGAAACCUGUACAUGUAGGCCUUCAAUACAACAGCCCUAGCUAGAGGAUGUAAGCAUCUGAGCCUCAUACACAUAGAAUACAUGUACUACACAUCCGACCCAUCCAUAUGUACCUUUAUAUUUAAGUGAUGCUCUCUCAAACCCACAAACAACAUAUCGUAACAAAAUACCUAACUACAUGUAGUGUAUCACAGCUCAUGUUCAAUGAAGUCGAACUCCAUAAAAACGUACACAGUUUCUGAUAUGCUGGAUUCAUAGCAAGAGAAGUUCUUUCAUAUAAAUAUUCUGUUUAGUCGGAAUACCACGCUGAUUUGUGAGAAGGGAAGUUAAUUGUCAUGCAUAUACACAGGUAAGGUCAUUCAAAACUUCAGAUUUUCCAAUGGUACAGUCUCUCCCUGCACUAACAAGGUCUUGCUUGGAUUUUUUUUUUUUUUUUUACAAACAAUUGACAUUUUUAAAACAAUUUCGUAUUUGUUUUGGCACACAUGUGGAGCACAGUUAAGGCUGUGCUGACAUUCAAAAAAAACAAAUAAAUGUGCAAGAAGGAGGAAGAAUCUGAAUUUCAUUGCUGUAUGUUGGAUUAUUCUCUUGUUUAAAGCUGUAGUAGGUUAGUAACAUUCAUCUUGGAUAUAAAGGUAAGGUAAAACGCUUUUUAGCAGUUUGAUGUGUGGGACUGACAUAAGUUGGAUCAUUGCAUUGGUGAAUGCUAGUCUCAAAGAGAAAACAAUAAA